AUGGGUUUCAUGGAAUUCUACCUGGAGAUUGACCCGGUCACGCUCAACCUCAUCAUCCUGGUGGCCAGCUAUGUCAUCCUCCUUCUGGUUUUUCUCAUAUCCUGCAUCUUGUACGACUGUCGGGGGAAGGACCCCACCAAGGAGUAUGCGCCUGACAACGCCCCACCCGCCCCUGGACAGUCGCCCAUCCGCCUGGUGGUCAUGCAGAACUCGCCCGCAUCCGCCCGUUACGAGCCUGACCGUGUGGCCGAGCCGCCAACGCCCGACCUGAGCCGAGAUAGGGAGAAGAGGAGCACUCUGGUGUGA